AUGAAUAUCUUUAGUUUCUUUGGAGAUCUUUCGCAUUUGGCGAGUAUUUUCAUCUUAUUAUAUGCCAUUGAACAAAAUAAAUCAAUAGCUGGUAUAUCGUUAAAAUCUCAAGCUUUAUAUGUAUUGGUUUAUGUUUCAAGAUAUAUUAAUUUAUUCACCAAAUAUUAUUCACUUUAUAAUUCAGUAUUAAAAGUAUUUUUUAUUGGAUCUUCAGUGUAUACUGUGUAUAUUAUGACGCAUAAGUAUAAGAAAAAUAUUCAACAAGACAUUGAUACAUUUCCUGUGAGAUAUAUAUUAGGAGGUUCAGCAUUAUUAGCACUUAUAUUUACAAGAAAAUAUACAGUAUUGGACAUUUUUUGGACAAUGUCAUUAUGGUUAGAAGCAUUUGCCAUUUUACCUCAACUUUUCAUUUUACAAAGAAUUGGAGAAGCUGAAAAUAUUACUACUCAUUAUAUCUUUGCUUUAGGUAUUUACAGAGCUUUAUAUAUUCCAAAUUGGAUAUAUAGAUACUUUGCUGAAGAACAUUUCGAUUAUGUUUCAGUACUUGCUGGUUUACUUCAAACUGCUAUUUAUUCUGAUUUCUUCUAUAUUUAUUAUACUAAAGUAUUAAAGGGUAAAAAGUUUGAAUUGCCUGUCUAA